AUGCGACGCUUAGGCUAUGAAAACAGAAGACACAAUGACUUGACUGCUGCUGUCAUCAACUUCAUCUGUGAGGGGUUGUACCCUGUAUCUGUAGUUGAAGAACCGACUUUCAAGAUCUUAAUGAGUACCGUUGAUCCUGGGUACUCUCCACCAAGCAAGACUGACCUGGUAGUUAAAAUGCUUCCUCAGAUGUAUUGCCGUGCCCGGGACAUGGUCUUUAGUGAGCUUGCUAGUGUUGUGAAUUGUGGUGUUACUACAGACCUUUGGCAAAGCCAAACCCAGAAUAGAACGUACAUUUCACUCUCUAUGCAUUCAGUUAAUUACAACAGUACUACUGGCUUCUCUAUGACCAACAAGUGCCUUAAAACCUUUGGCGUACAAGAGGACAACACAGCUGAGAACAUCACCAGAGCGUUGUAUGAAACUUUUGUUGAGUGGGGAAUAACCCACAAAGUUAGCGGUGCCACCACAGAUGGUUCAGUGGACAUUGUCAAAGCAUGCUCACUCCUGGAACUAUCAGUGGAAAUGCCUUGCCUUGGACAUACCAUCAACCGUGCAAUGGACGAAGCCUUCCAGCUGCCACGAGUUGACUGUUUUUUGGUAUGUUGCCGCAAACGUGUGGAUCAUUUCAGAGAACCGUCAAUGUAUCUGCUGAGGGAGAAACAGAAGCAGCAUGGCCUCGCUCAAUAUGUACUCAUUACAGACAGGGGUAGGUCUUGGUUGGCAACAUUGGCAAUGUUGCAAAGACUGAAAGAGCAACAGGUUGCUAUAACUGCAACACUUACAGAGAGUUCCAGCAGCCACCAUUUUGACUUUGGUGGUCCUGACUGGGCCUUGUUGGAGGGCUUGACUGAAAUCCUCCAGCCUUUUAAAGUUGUGGCAAACAUGAUAACUUCUUGCAGGUACCCAACAAUUAGCAUGGUUAGGCCUGUGCUUCAUAUGCUGUUGAACACCACCCUCAAGGUCAAGGAAGGGCACCUCAAAGAGAUCAGCAUGACCAAAGAGGUCAUCUCAAAGGUCUUAUCAAGCACCUAUUCACAGAAUUCACAACUAUCGCAAGAAAUUUCAAUAUUCCUCAACAUUGCUACCUUCCUGGAUCCUCGGUACAAGAAGUUGCCUUUCCUGUCCACCCAAGAACGCACCAAAGUUGAGAAUAACAUAAUUGAAGAGGCAAAUGCAGUCCUUGAGAAGCAGAUUGCAGAGCAAUCAUGCCUAGAUGAUUUCUCCUUGGUAUCUGAUGAGCCACCUAGCAAAAAACAUGCACGAGAAUCCUCGACCAGCAGUGUCACCCAAGACAACCCUUUGGCUGCUAUAUUUUGCCAGUCUGAUGCAGACCAGAGCCAGGAGGAGCUGCAUGCACAAGUGGUAGAGGAGCUGAGCAACUACAAAUCACAGAGAGUCCUAGGUUUAAAUGAGGACCCUUUACUAUGGUGGACAAGUCAUGCACCAUUGUUCCCCACCCUCCCCAAGGUGCUCCAGAAGUACUGGUGUGUUCCUGCUACGAGUGUACCGUGUCACAGGCUGUUCAGCUCCUCUGGGACUGUUCUGUGUGGGAAGAGGAACCAUAUAGCCCCAGCUUUAGUAGAUCAGCAGGUCUUCUUGUACGAGAACUUGCGAGGCUACUAUGAGCCUGAACCCAGUGAGGAUGAUUUGGACAAUGUUUGGGAAGGACACUGUGGUCUGGGUCAGCCACUUGAAUGACUGUGUGCUUAAACAUGGAAAAAGAGAAAGAAUUUUAAAGACUUUAUUUUUCCUGCAUCGAUGUGGUCUACAUGCUAUAUGUAAUCAAGCAGUGUCCGUAAUGGACCUGUUAUAUUAACCUUUCUUUUAAUUUUGGUGUGUAAUCCGUAUGAAAAGCAUUUGAAAAUGAUUGUAUGAUAUUUUAAAAUUUGUCUACAAUUGUCGACACCUUCAAAGCCAUUAGCUAACACCCACGUUAAAUCUCUAACAUGUCACUGAGAAAACAAUCAAUUGUUGUUUUUAGCUUUGCUAGUUGUGUAGCUCCAUCUCCAUGUUCCCCAAUGGACGAACGCUAAUGACAAUGAUCUCCUGACUCUUCUU